AAACCUUGAUUAAACCGAACACGUCUGUACUAUCAGUACAAGGUUUGUCUCUUGAUAUAGGCCACAACUCCGCCAUAGCUCCGGAAAGUUAUCGACAAUCGAGUGGUAUAUUUCUUGGUUCACUUACACCCUGGAAUCAGAAUACUGUACAAUUUAAUAAUUCUCGUGAGCUUCUAAAUAAUCCAUAUUUAUGCUAUGUGGGCGCUCUCGGAGUUGGUGGCCGCACCAGCAAGGGCAGCCUAGCACGCGAAACAGCCAUGACCCCUAAAAGAGGAUAUUCUCUUGCAUUGAGAAAAGAAUAA